AUGUCGCCUUCGCUCCCCAAGGCAGCGCGCGCCGAUCCUGCCCUCGUCAAUUUUGCCAUCACCGAGGGACGCGCGAGGCUUGGAUCGCCCCUUUUGCGUGCUGACUCGACUGCUGAGCUGUCAGUAGAUGGCCUCAGCCUACAGAGUGGCACGCUGCAGCUGCCUACACCAAUGCUGCAGGGCGUGCAGCAACAAGCCACCACAGGUGCGGCCGCGGGAACAUCAAUGGCGCAGACAGAGGUCCAGAUGGGGGCUAGGAGGAAACCGAUGCCUGUCAAUUCCCCGCGCCUGACAGCAGCGCAGCCUUCAUGGCUGACAUCGGCACAGCAGCCGCCAGCCUCUACAGAGAAGGCCCAGGCCAGCACUGGAAGCGCAUGGUCGCCCAUGCAGCCAGCCCAGAAGAGGGGACUACAACCGUUGGGUGCAGGGAAACUCCGAGUCUUGAGCGCAGCACCGCCGCCAAACAAGCAGGAAGAAGCAGAGGCACCAUCACAACCUGCCUCCGUUUCCUCGACGGACACCCCGCCACUCCAAACAAGCAUUUCUGCCCAGCCUGCUCUGUCGGGCAAUCUGCGCUCUGCCAAGGGGCGGAGCAAGGAAAGACUUGAGGAGCUGCAGGAGAUUCUGAGGCAGCUGGGCGCCCUGGUCCUGCCGCAGCCGUCGCACCCGGCGCCUGUGCGCGCGUUUGAGGGUGUUCCCUUGAAAGGAGCCUCCAGCGAUGGGGGAUGGGCGCGCGAGCGGCUGGAGCAAUUGCGAGACUUGCAGGCGGAAGCGGCCGACUCGCUGGUAGUGCGACAGGAGCACCAGGUAGCCGACAGCGGCGGAGCAGCAUUGGCUAAGGUGCUGUCGGUCUCCGCGCGGCCGGAGGCUCGCCGGACGGCAUUGCUGAACAUCGUCACGCAGCCGGCGCUGCGGCAGAGGCAGAGCCGCGGCGCAGAUGGCGGCAGCGACCGCGAUGGGGGACGGCCGGCGGCGCGUGCACAGUGCGCUCAGGCGGAGGGGUUAUUGGAGCGCCUCCGGCGGCUGCAGGCCCUGCAGAGCGAAGCUGCCCAACUCCUUGUGCCCUAA